AUGAUUUCGUUGUCAGGGUUGCUCACAUUACUUGGUAUUCCUAUCAGGGCAUUGAUUUUGGCAGUGAAAUUUUAUACUGUUGGGCUUCCAUAUCGAAAAUAUUCUAACAGUUUAAAGCGAUGUUUAAGGCUCCUUGUUUUCAGAACAGCACUUUCGUUAAGUGUCUUCGAUGCUUAUUACAUCUCAUUUAUGAGUAAUGAUUUCGUUAUCAACAAGAUUGUUCCUCUUUUCCAUAAGUCCAUUACAAGUAAAUUACCUGGAUAUGGUACUAGAUACGAUAAGAAUUCUUUAUGGUUGGUUAAACAACCAAAUAGGGAACCGGGUGAUCCAAUUUUGAUUUAUAUUCACGGUGGAGCCUAUUUUUUACAAACACAACCUGAACAAAUAGAGUCGGUUUUGUCAAUGUAUAAGUUGAUCAAGCCAGACAAGCAAGCACGCUUAUCCAUCUUAUUAUUAGAUUAUAAGUUGGCGUCAUACGGUUACCCGUUUCCUACUCAGAUGAACCAAUUACACGAGACAUAUCUGAAUUUGGUUACAAAUGAAGGCAAUACUAAUAUAAUUUUAAUGGGAGACUCCGCCGGGGGGAAUUUAACUCUUGGAUACUUACAAUUCUUGAAGAAGACACAGUUAGAGAAUAUAGUCUACCCAUCGAAAUUAGUUAUGAUCAGUCCAUGGGUCAAACUAAAGCCAACACCCGACAUAAUGGUUCCUGGUAAUUCGUUUUAUGAUAAUAGUGACCGCGAUAUGAUUGCAUACUCUCAAUUCAGCGAGAUGAACAAAAUACUCCACAUAACAGAUGGAAAUAAUCUUAAUAGCUUGCAAGUGUGUCCAGGUGUCAAUCCUACCCAAGAAGAGAACUGGGAUGAUAUCCCAACAUUGAAAGACCCUAACUAUGACGUUUUCGUACUUGCGGGCGAAGAUGAAUCUCUCAGAGAUAGCAUUUUGGAUUGGUGUCAAUAUGCAUUUGAUGUACCACUCAAUACGCAAUAUAAAUAUGGUAAUUCUAAUAACCAGUUUGACAAAGAAGGAUAUGAAUACAUUAGAAAGAAUGACCCGGGACUGUGCCAUUUGAGACUUUAUAUUGAGCCAUGGGGUAUUCAUGAUAGCUGUUUAUUCUUUGAAAAUCAUUUGAUACUGAAGAUCAAGAAACAAGAAAGUGAUCCAAAAAAGUCUUCUCUAGAUGUUAACCACAUAGAUGACAAGGAAUUUUAUGGUCUUACAAGAAUAGUUCAAUUCUUAAAUGAUACAUUAUAA